GGUCACACUAAUCCCACACGAUAAUAAAAACGCCUGGAAAUUGUUUAAUUAUUAUUUUUUGUAAAUAAGCCUGGGAGAAUUGCAGGAGGCCAGGUCGCCCAGCCGUCGUUGCCAUGAAUCAGUUCCACACUCCCUCAUUCGGCGAUGUGUUUGAGCUGAACGACACGCCGUCGGAGAGUCCGAGUCCCAGUCAAUCAUCGCGGAGAAUGCUUAGCCUGGAUCAAUCCAUGUUGAAUGACGACGAUGACGAGGAGGAUUGCGACACAUAUGGUGGAGGAGGAGCAUCGCAGAGUCUCAUGGUUCAGCCAGCGGAGCACCAGCAGCAGUUACAGGCACCUCCGAAACCCCUGGCGCCCUUUGCCCUCUUCUUCCGCGACACUGUGACCGCCAUCAAGCAGCAGAAUCCCGCCUGCUCCCUCGAGCAAAUGCAGGUGAUUGUGCAGACCAUGUGGGAGUCACUCGAUGAGACGCAGAAGACCGUCUAUAGUUUGCGGCACGAGCAGGAGAAGCGCGACUAUGUGCGUUUGAUGCGGGACUAUCGUCAUCAGCUAUCCGAAACGGAGGCUCCACCAGAACCUGUAGUUCCCCAGCAGUCGGUGAUAGUCCCUCCACCCUUAGUUACCCCCAAAGUGGAGGAGCCAGAGCAGCCUGCUCCGCCCGAGCAAAUACAACUGCUCACCGAGGCGGCCACCGUGCAGAAAUGCACCCGGGAGCAGUGCAACAAGCCGGCCAUCAUCAAUCCCGACUGGGAGGACGAGUACUGCAGCAACGAGUGCGUGGUCAUCCACUGCCGGAAUGUCUUCAACGACUGGGUGCUCACCAUGAAGUCCUAGCCCUCAUGUAACCACUUAGCUUAGCCUAGAUUUUAGCCAACAAUCGCUGCCGUGCGCCGUAUAUAUAUAAUAUAUAUAAUAUACAGACUGAGUGGCAGAUAGCUAUACAAUAUAGUCCCAGUUUCGGUUGUAAUUAGCAUUUGUGUGGAGAGCCUGAAUGAAUGCGAGACACGCUUUGUAUGAUACGUUAAUUGUAGUCAAUAAAUCAUAUUAGAAAUAGAUCAGAAUUAUACUAAAAAAAAGAAAUAACAUUUAGAAAGUAUAUCUAUCAUUUAGUCACUGCAUUUAAUCAAGUAACUUUGUU